CUGGGUUCUGGUGCCGCGCAAGCUCUCCCCGGAUUGACUUGGCCUCUGCUUCUUAAGAAAAAUACAUCUCUUGUUUUACAAGAUGGCUCAUUGUGUGACCUUGGUUCAGCUGUCCGUUUCCUGUGAGCAUCUCAUUGACAAGGACAUUGGCUCCAAGUCUGACCCACUCUGUGUCCUUUUACAGGAUGUGGGAGGAGCCUGGGCUGAGCUUUGCCGGACUGAACGUGUUCGCAACUGCUCAAGCCCUGAGUUCGCCAAGACUCUGCAGAUAGAAUACCACUUUGAGACCGUUCAGAGGCUGCGCUUUGGAAUCUAUGACAUAGACAACAAGACGCCGGAGCUGGGGGAUGAUGACUUCCUGGGGGGAGCUGAAUGUUCCCUAGGUCAGAUUGUAUCCAGCCAGACGGUGACGCUACCCUUGAUGUUGAAGCCCGGGAAGCCUGCAGGGCGGGGAACCAUCACAGUUUCAGCUCAGGAGCUAAAGGACAACCGAGUAGUAACCAUGGAGGUGGAAGCUAGAAACCUAGAUAAGAAGGACUUCCUAGGGAAAUCGGAUCCAUUCUUGGAGUUCUUCCGGCAAGGCAAUGGGAAGUGGCAGCUGGCAUACAGAACUGAGGUAGUCAAGAACACCCUGAACCCUACCUGGAAGCGCUUCUCAGUCUCUCUGCAGCAUUUCUGCGGUGGGGACCUCAGCACACCCAUUCAGGUGCGCUGCUCCGACUAUGACAGUGACGGCUCGCAUGAUCUCAUUGGCACCUUCCAUACUACCUUGGCCCAACUGCAAGCAGUCCCGGCUGAGUUUGAAUGUAUCCACCCUGAAAAGCAGCAGAAGAAAAAAAGCUACAGGAACUCUGGAACUGUCCGUGUCAAGACUUGCCGGGUGGAGACAGAGUAUUCCUUCCUGGACUAUGUGAUGGGAGGCUGCCAGAUCAACUUUACUGUGGGUGUGGACUUCACUGGCUCCAACGGCGACCCAUCCUCGCCUGACUCCCUGCAUUAUCUGAGCCCUACAGGAGUCAACGAGUAUCUGACAGCCCUGUGGAGUGUGGGCAGCGUGGUUCAAGAUUAUGACUCAGACAAGCUGUUUCCAGCAUUUGGGUUUGGAGCCCAGGUGCCCCCUGAUUGGCAGGUCUCACAUGAGUUUGCCUUGAACUUCAAUCCCAGUAAUCCGUAUUGUGCAGGCAUCCAGGGUAUUGUAGACGCCUACCGUCAAGCGCUGCCCCAAGUUCGUCUGUAUGGCCCCACCAACUUUGCACCCAUCAUCAACCAUGUGGCCAGGUUUGCAGCCCAAGCUGCACAGCAGAGGUCUGCCUCGCAAUACUUCGUGCUGUUGCUUUUGACUGACGGCGCUGUGACAGAUGUGGAGGCCACGUGUAAGGCUGUGGUGGAAGCCUCAAAGCUACCCAUGUCCGUGAUCAUCGUUGGUGUGGGCGGUGCCGACUUCGAGGUCAUGGAACGGCUGGAUGCGGAUGGUGGCCCUCUCCGUACGCGUUCUGGAGAAGCAGCGGCCCGAGACAUAGUGCAGUUCGUGCCUUAUCGACGAUUUCAGAAUGCUCCCCGGGAGACGCUUGCACACACCGUACUCGCUGAAGUGCCCACUCAGAUGGUUUCCUACUUCAGAGCCCAAGGGUGGGCCCCAUUAAAGGCACCUCCAACCCCAGCCAAGGGCCCUGCACAGGCCCCACAGGCAUAGGCACCCGUGGAAGAGUAGGCUCCAGUCAGUCCUCAGCCUGCAGCCUGCUCCAUCCUCUGGGCAGGGACCAACCAUGCACAUUCUUUCCAUUUCAUAGUUGAUACUUUUAUAUACACUGCUGCUGCUGCUGCUCUUUGACAUGCCUGCCUGCCUUCCUGGGUGGCACCUUUUCAUUCAGGAAAGAAAGACUAGUAAAGAUAUCACCACUUUCUCUCAAAAUAGACAGCUAGAGAGAGCCACACUUGCAUUGACCUUGGGCUUGUUGGGUAAAAGAUCCCUUUGGUCUAAUAACUCCAUUAAAGCAAAUUGUGUCUGUUUGCUUCGGUCACAUACUUUGAAAAGACAAAGUUUGAAUAUUAAGUAAACUUGUGGUUGUCCUUUCCUCCAGGGCGAGCUGAGCUGGGACCGUGAACAAGAUGCAAGGUGCUACCUUAUAAGAGGUAGAGAUGGGAGAAAAUGAUGUUUUAGAAUAGAGUAAGGGUUGUUAGACUUCCAGCUCUGUCCCUCUGUUUCUUGCAGACAUUGGGUAGCCCAGGCUGGCCUGCAGUUCACCAUCCUGCAGCAACCUUAGAGCUGCUAGAAUUACAGGCAUAUGCUACGGUGCCUGGAUUUUAGUCCUAAUUUUUUAUUUGCUUUUUUAAUAUACGAUCUCAUAUAGCCCAGGCUGGCCCUACAUUGUGUUGCCAAGGAUAACUUGACUUCCUGCUCCUUCCUACUCCAGCUUCCCAAAUGCUAGGAUUAUAAGCAUGCCUCAACAGUUGCCCUUUACCAACUCGACAGUACACAUCCUAACCACUCUGCCCAGGCUGCCUUUAGGCUCUUUGGACUCAAGGUCCUGGAGUAGCUGGAACUACAGUUCACUCAGUGCCUGCUUUAGCAAAACUGGUUUUGUUUGCAGAGUGGGGGGAGGGGAGCUCCUAAAUGCAGUUAAAAUUCCACACAACCUGCUCAUCAGUAGUGGUCGGUGCACAGUGUGGGGUGCACAGUGUGGAUCCCAGCUCCCAGGAGGCAGAGAGGGAUUUUAAAAUUUGUUUUCUAAUUUAAUGAAACAUUGUUUCAAAUAUCAGUAUUGUGUAAAAAUAGAAAUGGGAACAAAGUUUAGUGGCUCAUGGUUGUAAUCCCAACACUCAGAAGUCUGAGGCAGGAGGCUUGCUGUGAGUCUGAUGUGAACUUGAGGUACACUAUGAGUUUCAGGUCAGACAGAACAACUUUAAAAGCUAACACAUAUGCUGUUUCUAUGUGGUUUGCAUUUAUUUUGGGUGCCUUAUCCACCAGAACUUACUGCCUCCUCUUCUUUUUCAUGUCUAUUCUUUUUUAAGAAUAUACCAGUUUUGUAAUUCCCUUCCUUACAGAGAUUCGUUUUACUGAUUGUACACAUUUUUGAAGAAUUGGUUUUUCGGGGUGGAAAUGAGAGAUUGCAGGUGAUAUUUGCAGUGUUAGCAGUUAUUCCAGGUUGCCUUCUGUAGAGGGGUGGUCUGAUGCAUCCCAUCUGUGAACCUGUGGGUCACCCUCCUUCCCCAGAUCUCAUUUCUAGCUUCCAUUUAUUUCUCUACAUUAUUUCAUACACAUUUCCUUGUUCCUCAGUAACCUGUUCACAAGCUGUAUGUGUUAGAGCUUUUAUUUUGUUCUUGACAUGUUGAAAGUAUGUUUCCCUCAGCUGUUACUGUUUGUUUUUAUACUCCAUAUGUAAAAUUAUUUUUAUAUAUG